AUGGCUUUAACGAUUUUCCAGUCUUUCGAUCGCAAAUUGCCAAAUGGAUCGGAUAUCGAGUUUACGUUCAGAGGCUCUUAUCGAGAAUUCAAAUCCAGUGUCCAGUCCACGGUCGAGAUCGAUGCGACACCUGUCUUCAUCAAAGAAGAUAUUUCGGUUUUUCAGACGAUCGCAGAAAGAUAUUUUCCCCCUACGGUGCCCUUCAGUCCGCUCCAAGCUAGCCUGCCCGUGCUGGAAAAAACGCAUCGACUGGACACUGAGGCUGAUGAGAUACGUCCCGCUAGCACCAAGUUUGUCUGCGGAACCGAGUCAUACGGUGGACCUAAAAGCCGCUUCGAUGUACAGUGGUCCCUUUAUUCUGAUCAAGGAGAGCUGUUGGAGAUUCUUGCUGUCCUCGAGGUCAAAAAUACCCACACUAUACGUCGAGAAGACUUUGCGCCUGCCGAAGCCACCGAGCAGAACCUGGAGGCACAAAGGAGCAGGGCCGCCAAUAGAGGCCCAUAUUUUACGCUGCUUGAGGAGAAUGCGGUUUGGCUCUCAAAACAAGCCGGGAAAUACUCGGAACACUGCGCCAGUGUUGCGGUGUUUGACUGGACCGCUAUGUUUAUCUUCAAUUACCUUCACGAACAAUCCACCAGAGGCGGGGCGGUGAGAGGCACUUACUUUGAUGAAUCUGGCCCUACCAAGGGCAUGACAUUCCGCCGUCUCCUUUUCGCAUUCGUGGCUCGGGCACUGAAAAGGUACGAAGCUACACUCCAAGAUAGGAACAUGACUGCCGAGAAGGCAUCUCCAUCUUUGUUAAACGCCCAAGUGAUUAUCAGAAUGAUAUACCUAGCCCUGGCUAACGCUCAUCGCACAAUGGAUUCCCCAGCGGAUGGCUGUAAGCAUGUCGUACUCGAGGACGAAGGCCUCUGGCCUUCCUCACGAGUGUUUAGUGGGACCUCAUCGGUACGGUGGAAUUUGUAG